GUCCCCUACGCCAUGCAGAACAUCUACGGGCCGGCGUGCAUCUUCCUGCGGAAGGGAAUUGCAGAGAAGCACACGGAAAGGGUGCUGUCGGAUGAUGAGAUCGAAGAACUACGGGAAGCCUUUACUGAGUUCGACAAGGACAAGGAUGGGCUGAUCACCUGCAAGGACCUGGGCAACCUGAUGAGGACCAUGGGCUACAUGCCAACCGAGAUGGAGCUCAUUGAGCUGAGCCAGCAGAUCAACAUGAACUUGGGUGGCAGGGUGGACUUUGAAGAUUUUGUCGAGCUGAUGAGCCCCAAGCUGCUGGCUGAGACGGCUGGGAUGAUUGGCAUGAAGGAGCUGCGAAACGCAUUCAAAGAGUUUGAUGCCAAUGGUGAUGGGGAAAUCACAAUUGAAGAACUUCGCCACGCCAUGAGCAAACUGCUUGGGGAGCAGCUCAACGCACGCGAAAUCGAGGACGUGGUCAGGGAGGCAGACAACAACGGAGAUGGCACGGUUGACUUUGAAGAGUUUGUUCGAAUGAUGUCCCGUCAGUGA